AUGGAGGGGGAGCGCCCUGCCGGCCGGGAGAGGGCGGGAGGAAGAGGAAGAAGAGACCCGGCCGACUUCGUGGCUCUCCUCCCUCCGGAAGUCAGCUCUCGGAUUUUCAGCGACCUGGACGUUGAGAGCUUGUGUCACGCGGCCGUGACGUGCAAGGGCUGGCACCGCGUCAUCGAGAGCAACGACCACUUAUGGAGGCACCACUGCUUGAGCGUGAGGGCUGUCUGCCAGCGGGAGAUCGACUGCGAUCGAGGAAAUGGAUAUUCCUGGAAGAUCACAUUACUGAGAAACUACUGGAAAAGCAAAGUGAAGCAAGAAUGGCUGAGUGGGAAAUACAGCAACAUUCCUUCACAGAACAGCUUGCCAGAGAAAAGCAUGUAUCCGAUGGAUGUCGACACAUGGGGAGAAAUCCUGGAAGCAGAACUUGAGAGAUGAGAAACCAGUGCUGGUUCUUACAACUCAAGAACCUUCUAUCAACAACUCAGACUGCCUAACUGUAAAUAUUUUGCCAUUCAAAAUCAGUUGUGAUUGCAAACAUGAUGAAACCUUCUCAAAAAUAUAAGUUAUGUCUUUGCACUUUAUCUGAUGAAUUUUCUGUAAAAUUCUAAAUAAGACUAUUCAGUUGUAAUUUUAUAUUUGUAAACUUAAUGUUCUGCUGUAUUGUGAAAAAGACAUUGAUUGUACUUUCAAUUUGCACUUUUUGUUUUGGAAGAGAUGACUUUAAAAAAAAGUGUGCUUGACUUGCCAUGUUAUCAUAUCAGCAGCACAACAUGAGAGCCCACAAAGGAAGGCUGUGGGAGAGAUAAAUCCAGACAUUGGAAAUAAAAGAGAAGGACAAGGCAGCCACCUCAGGAUCAGCUGAACAUACCCAGUGCCCAUGUCAGAGCCCUCUCAAUGAUGUUACCUGAACUCAUAUCCACAGAGGUGUUAACGCUUAGCAGCACUGCAUUUCCACUGCUGGGCUGUGGUAUUUCUGGACUGGGACUCACAGAUGAGCAGGACUGAAGCAGCCACAGAACUAACAGUCUCUCUGCCAUUAGCUGUGCAUUUUAGUCAUUUGCACGAUGAGAAGUAGAGCAAAAUUACUACUUUAAACAAAAUAACUUAGAUAACCAUAUGAGAUAACACAACCUCAUGUAUUUUUGUAGUCAGGCUAAAACACAUUCAGAAACGCCAUUUUUUCCUAUAUGACAAUCUUGUAUCACACAGACCCUGCUUUACUAGCACUGGUUUUUGGCAUUGACUUUAAAACCUGCUGCUAGUAAAAGAGGAGAUGCCUGUCACCUUACUCAACGUAAGAGUGACCACAAAAUCAAUUUAUUAUUAUCCUAAUUCCUUUCCCUACCUACUUUGCACUGAAGAAUAAAGUGAGUGGGAAAACCCUGGGAAGGUCCCUAUUGCAUGAGGUAUUCCUACAAAAUUCAGUCACCAGUCUGGGAUCAAUCUUCUAUAGAAAGACUUUUACCAUGCUUAUGAAACUUAGUUAAUAUGAAGUGAUUUCAAAUCAACUACUGCUGAUUUUGGCAGAGGACCUUGUGGCAAUGUAAGGAUAGAAGUGACCUGUCAUGUAGUUCAAUAGCACUAGAUCAGGCUUCUGUUAGAUACGAAGUUCAGUUCAAUGAGGCCCAGCGCUUACCUUUAACGGGGGUCCCAAUAACAGUAGAUGGAGCAGUAGAGCAGUUUUGCUCUAGAGGUACAGACCAUGGUCCUCUGGGCUAAGACCCAGUAGCGUUUUCUGUUCGAUAGUGCUGGUGGUUAAACAAACCAUUAGUUUAUAUUUGCUUCCAACUUACGCAUUUUUAUUUCUCACAAUUAUAUAACCAUUGCAGAAUACCUAGUGAAAAUAUCUAGUAUCUUUUACUCCCCUUUAUUGCAAGUGUCUGGGCUCACAGGCUGUUUUGUUGUAGGUGCCCAUAUCUACAGACCAAGGAAGAAACAGAACAGCCAGGUGAAAUUGGUAGUUCUAGAAUGCUUCCAAGAACAGUAUGUUACCAGAUGCCUUUUCUAGUUUGGAGCAUUCAAUGGGUGUCAGCAAAACUGAUCCACUUUCCUCAGCCUCCUACAUUUUCCCCAUUAGAACAGGUUUUCAGUUCAUAAGCACCAGUACCUUUUCUGAAUCAUGUGUAGCAUAUCUCAUUGAGACAGCUUUCUCAUCAACAACAUUGUGUGACACGAUGCAAUGACUGGAUAAUGUUUCUUAUGCAUCUUUUGUAAUUUAUUCCUUAGAGGUAAGUGUUAGUCCCAGGAUCAGGACCCCAUUGCACCAGGUUUUAUAAAGAUGCCAAAAGAGUUGACACUGUUCUUGUGGGACAACUACUACGUUAGCCAAAAUAGAUGCAGUACCCAAAAUUUACUGAAGCUUCUGCUAUCACCCUGCUGCCAAACAUGGCUGAAGCAUAACUCAGAGUAAAGAGCAUUGCUAAGUAUAGCAGGUGUAGCACAAAGCUCAAUGAAUUGUAAACACUGCUUCCUUUAUUAUUAGCUAUUCUGCUCUAAGAUGAUAUCUAGUUAGCUCAAAUUAAAAAAAGAAAAACCAAGAAAACCCACCACACCCAAGUACAAUUUUUCCGCUGAUGGUGCUGCCUCACUCCCUUCUCACAGUAUCUUUUACCCUGACUUUAAGAGAGCUAGAAGUGAAAAAAAGUAAA